CAAAAUAUUGAUCUAACCUUCUUUUCAAAAAGAGCAAGUUCUCCGUUUCCCUCCAAGAUCGCACUUAGUCACGUGCGUUUGUACUGAAUGCAGAUGAAGCAAAGUUUUGGUAAGCAUAUUAUCGGGAUUUCAUAAACGUAUUUUAUAACCCCACCCUCAUUUAUUUAUUUUUUUCGGCGGAUUUCAAACUUUCAACCGUAAAUUAAACCUUCGUAAGGAUAUAAAUGACAGUAAUAUCAUAUCUGACCAUACAUGUCUAACCUGAAUUCAAAAGUCUCCUCGUUAAUUUUAUUUGCUCAUGUCAGGGUUAUUUGAUAAAAAAACAAGGAAAUAUGAAGGAAAUUGUAUUUUUGAUCCUCGCCGCUGCUCUACUUGGCACUGCUGGUGAACACGCAUUUUCUGAUAGUGACGCUCACCAAGAAAGAGAAGAUUGGUUAUACAACAAUUCGAUGGAAACUUAUACUGUGAUGUUGACAGAAAGAAACGGGAAAGAUUCAGUUCGUGGUCCAUCGUUGAACGCCCAGGGUGAAUCUGUCGAUAGUUGGUAUGAAAAUGCUACAUCACCUGCUUCAUUUUUCUGGUACUGGCAACCAAUUUCCUGGUCAUGGUGGGUGAUACUACAGAUGAUUUCAGCACUUCUUGGCAUCGUUGGCAACUCUCUUGUCAUCACAAUCCUGUUCCAGAGACGUACGAAGAGUAGGUCGACGGACACACUGGUUGGAGCCCUGGCAAGUGCGGAUCUUUUCACCUCGAUCUUCAUGGUGCCACUGCCUUUUCCUCUUCGAGUUCCAUCAACGGCUCUUGGUGAGUUUUACUGCAAGGUAGUUUAUACCUCAUUAUUCAUGUGGGUAUCGGUGAAUGCAUCCAUUGUGACUCUAACUUUCAUCCCUAUCGAACGUUACAUUGCCGUCGUGUACCCAUUCCGUUGCAAAGAACUUCUCUCACGCAGGAGAAUUUCAACUGCCAUCGGCUGCAUCUGGUUCGCGGGAUUUAUGCUGAAUUCUUUCCUGUUCUACAUCUCGACGGUUGACCCAUCUACCCAGCACUGCAGCGUGAUCUAUCCGAGAGGGAUGCAGCUCGCGAUGGGCGUGGUCCUGUAUCUAAUUGAGUUUCUUGUUCCUGCGAUACUGACCAGUGCCUUCCAGUUCUUGACAGCGCGUGCCCUUCAUCACCAGGCACGACUACACCUCGGUGAGUCCAAACAGCUCGACAGGUCCAACCCAUCCACUCGCCAUCUCAUGGCAAAGAAACGUGUCCUUCAGACGCUCUUCAUCGUGGUCCUACUAUUCCUGAUAUGCUGGGGACCGUCUAAGACUCUCUACCUUGGCUUCAAUCUUGGAAUCAUUCCAGAUUCUUAUCCUUACAGCCCUUUCAAUCGUGCUCUCACUAUCCUAGGAUUCUGCAACUCUUGCGCCAACCCUAUCAUCUAUACUGUCCGCUACCCGGAAUUCCGCAAGGCCGUUCGAGAGCUAUUUACCCGAGCUCAGCACACCGAUGCCCCACUGUUUGGUGAUAGAGAGAAGCAACUAUCAAGUGACUCUGCACAGAAUCAAAGUGCGUAGUUUUUUUUAAUGUUGAUAUCAAUAGGCGUGGAUUGGUAAAAGUGUAAAAAAAAACACAACAAAUUACUAAAAUGUGUAGAGCCGUAGAGUAUCAUGCGUUCACAGAAACACUAUUAGAGCAACGCCUGUUUAAUUUUGGUGACCAAACAUAGUACUACUGGCAAAGGAUACUUUGAAUGAAUUGAUUAAUUCUUUCUUCUUUUUUUUGCUUCUACUUGUAAAUAGAUUUACACAUCCUUGUCGUUUGGUAUUAGAGCAACGCCUGUUUAAUUUUGGUGACCAUACAUACUACUGGCCAAGGAUGCUUUGAAUGAAUUGAUUCAUUCUUUUCGUGACUCUAGAGGAAUUGUGGCUCAGUGGAGAAGUCUCCUUUGAAUCUCAAGGUCCGGGGUUCGAUUCCCACCGCAGGAUAUGCCAUUUGUUUAGUAAUGGGUCUAUAUCUACCUUUGCCUCUCUCCACCCAGGUGUAGUACAUGGGUACCAGGUAGAAAGAAAUUAUUAGAAUGCUCGAGCUCCCAACAAAAAGUAGCGCCGUGCUAAUGCUGGAAUAGUGUUAUGCAGCAAUUAGAAACACUGUAUUAAACGCUACCUGUAUAAAUGUUGCACAAUACUAUUAUCAUUAAUAUAAACAAAUAUCAUGAAUAUUGUCCGCGGAAAAUAAAAUAACAGCUCACAAGCUUUAAGUAUUGUACACUUUUUUAAGAACGAGGUAGGGUUUUUACCCACGGACAAUCAUGGAGAGUGAAAUGUUUUCUUUUCCUAAUUAUAUAUAGUUCAUUUCGAAACGUAUCCUGCAUAAAUAACCGUGAACAUGUCAAGCAAAGCACGAUUAUCAUAUCGCAAAAUUAAAUGUGAUAUAGAUGUUAUGAAUUAGUUUUUAAUUUAUUGGAUGAUGA